CUUAAAAUGAAUAGUCUUCGUUAAUAUAAAUGACGUUUAUAUAUAGAAGUUGUAUAUGUGAUAUACGAUAUUAUUUUUGCAUGUAGAUUCGUAUUAAUUUACUUUGUAAUCAGUACAAUGGCACAAAAAACUACUGUAUUUAGUAGAUUUAAAGAAAUAUCCUGAUUAUCACUAUAAUGCAAUUUAAAACAUAAUUCAAUAGAACAUAACCUAAAAUGUAAUUAAAUAAUAGUAAAAGAGAAAGGAUAACAUUACAGUUUCCUCCAUUGAUUUAUAUCUCUGAAUUUAAUUUUAAUAAAAAAUGAAGUCUUCAAUAAAAAUUAAGAGAUAUGAAAGAAUGAAUUACAUUAAGUAAAACAGGUUAGAAUGUUUUUAUAUGAUGUCUAUAAACAAUUUUAAAUGUGCAUUAUUCUAAACAAUGGAAGAUACAAUAGAUCAAAACUUAGCACAAAUAGAUCCAUUAGCAGAGGCUCUCACAAGAAAGGAAAUGGAAUGGUUUGAGAAUAAUAAGCAAGUGGAAUUAAACCAACAACAAUCACAAACCCAGUCGUCUUAUUUUCAAUCUGCUAAUUUUACUGAGAUAACAAGCAAUGCACAAUGGUGGAAAAAUUCUCCUAUUACCUCAAUAGAUCUACUGUCAGAACACCAAGAGAUGUCAUCUACAACAACCUUUCCAUUACUAAAUGAUAUACCAUCACCUUCAGAUGUUGUACAAGAACUAGAACUUAACAAUAAAAAGCCUAUGAAAUCUAAAGAAUCGAAAACAGAAAAAAGAAAUAAAAAUAGUAUACAACGAGCUAAACACCCAGAAAGAUGGAAAGUAAAUAUUAAAAAGAAUGCGAGAUUAAGAGGAGAACAGUAUGUUGGAGUUGGAGGAAAGAUAGUGCCAGCUAAAACAAUGGGACCACCAUGCAAUUGUCGUAUGCAUUGCAGUAAAAAAAUAGACGAACAAGCACGAGAAGAAUUGCAUAAAGUAUUUUGGAAAACAUGUACAUGGGAACAAAGAAAGCAAUACAUUGCACUUUCAGUAAAAGAAUCACCUAAACAAAGAACUCGUUGUCGAGGAACUAUUAAAGCAGAAGAACGUAGACAAGUUACAUUUACCUACUCCUUACUUUUAAAAGGUGAUUUUAUAACAGUUUGUAAAUGUAUGUUUUUAAGUACAUUCUCGGUAUCUGAAAAAUUCGUACGACAUGCAAUGGAUAAAAAAAGAUCUUCUCCUGGUGGUAUUAUUGGACCUGAUCAAAGAGGAAGACAUACGCCAAAGACAAAAAAAAGUGAAGCUGUUAAAGAAAGAAUUCGUGAACAUAUCAAAUCAUUCCCAAUAGAAAGAUCAAUAAAUCCUAAGGACGGAAAUGAAAAAAGUUAUCUAGAUUCUAGGUUGAGUAUUGCUACAAUGCAUAAAUCAUAUGUUUUAAAGUGUCAGGAAGAAGGUGUUCCAGAAAGUGAUAUUGUAAAAGAAAGUUAUUACAGAGAAAUGUUUAAAACAGAAUUUGAUCUAUGUUUUAAACGUACCAAAACAAAAGAUAAAAAGUUUAUUCCUGAUAUUACUGAUAGUAAAACGAAAAUAGAUAAUUAAGAUUUAUAUGUUUUAUAUAAUAAAAUGUUUUUUACUUUAAAAAAAACAUUUCAUUCUUCUCUUAUUAUUAUAAUGCAAGUGUAAUAAAUUCAUUAGAAAG